CUGUGCUAACCUGCAAGCUCCCGUUUGUGCCUUCCCCCCUGACGUACUGUACAUCACUUGUAUUUCCCAAGCACCUCGUUCUCCCGGGCAGCUGUGGCCGUUGUCUCCUCCCACUUACACAGCCGCUCCUUCCCUGGGUUUCCCAAGCAAAGCUCUAGAAGAGUUGUUUCUCUGGACCUCGCGUCUUCAUCCCGGUUUCAAGCCGUAACCUCUUCCAACAAGUCGAACCCCAUCUCUGCUCCUUAUAGCAUUCUUGCCAUCGAACUGCGCGGGUACUGCCUGGUAUCACCAUCACCCUGUGCCAGUCUGUGGCUAUCCGGGUCGCAAACAGAACGCUCGAGGAACAAAACAAACGGGAAAUUGCCCUGUUAAUUGCCUGUCAGGCCUGCACGAUCAGAACCCAAGCUGCUUUUGCCAUCAAUUCCCGAGCUUGUCCGCGCCAACCAAAUCUGGACUCACGAAGAGGAGACGUCAGCAAUCAUCAUGCCUACGAAGCGCCCGUCGCUGUCUUCGGACUCGAGCAGCGAUCUGGCAGAGGCGCCCCCGAAAAGGACGCAGCGAACCCAUGAAGAGAACCAGGAGAGAGCAUACAUCGCAGCCUCGCGCCGGGCCGACCGCGACAUUGAGCACCGGAUCAGGUCAGCACUGAAGGCGUCCGAGUGCCGCAAGAAGCGCACAGGGAGAGGCCUCAAGAUCACGCGCGAAGCCGUGCUGGGGGACGAGCAGUACGAAAGCGAUGACGACGAUAGCACGGCCUGCCGCUUCCCCAUCCCUGCCGCCAGCAACCCUUCGCAAGCCGCCACGGCGAACCGGGCCGACCGAUACGCCGAGGUAGAUGCCCUCUUCGCGCAGCACUUUCCUCACGUGCAACUCUCCUCCAGGUGGGCGACACACCGGCCACAGCACCAGCAACCGCUGUCACACAGCUAUCCGGCGCCCUCCCUCAACAUCCACAUGGCAUUCAUGCGCCAGUACCAGGCGCCUGAAGCGGCGCCUGCUUCGGCAAGCCAAGCGUCCCCUCUCCCCACCCCGCCCACCUCCUACCCAUUGCCGCCGGCCUGCGAGGGCAAGUCCCGGUCCAUGUCGCCGCUUGCCCUGGAAGGCUCGCCGACUCGGCCCUCGAGUUCCGUAUCGAAAGCGCUACCAGAGACAGCAUCGGCUUCCACCACGGGACUCGGCAUCAGCAUGCUCGACCACAGCGCGGCCACCAACUAUUUCUUGGAUAGCAGCAGCGUCGACGCACAGCCGCUGCCCGAGACGGCACAACCGGGUUAUCCCUACGACACCACCACCACAACCAGCCAGACGACUUCCAGACCACUGGUGCAGGCUGUCUUCCCAGAAGCUGGCGGGCUUGGGGACAGUCGCUGGUAUCGCGGCGAACCUGGAGCGGCACCAGUCGGUGGUGGUGGGUGGCAUAUGCGCAGCCUUUCGCUGCCGUCAACGCUGAAGGCGUACCAAUUUCCGUUUGACAUGGCGGCUACGACGACGGCGGGGGACGAGACAAUGGCCGACAGUAUCCCGGCGCCGGCACCGGCACCGGUGGAUCCUGCUGUCGUGCUGGCUACUGUCGCUGCCGCCGCGCAGGUGCCUGAGGCGUCGCAGGAUGCGCUGGGAGAAACCGGAAACGCAAUAUCGCCGUUGCCGACGCAGCUGAAUGAGCCCUGGGCGGAGUGGGUUGAUCUGGACGGUGAUGUGCCGCCGCCUGUGGGGGUUAAGGUAUGAUGAGACAGGAGGGCGGGCCGGAAGAUGGAAGGUUAAAACGUUGCGUUCAAUUUGCGUUAUGCAUAGUACGAAAGUGCGGUGGCUUUGGCCAUUUGACGACGCCAAAUGAAUGAGCGGCUGUGUAAAGAUAGAAGGAGACCAGCAGAAGCGCACAAUGGUUGUUUUCGUUCGGAACUGGCAAGCGAGUCUCACGGGUACUUAGCUGGGACCUGUAUGUCGCGGAGAUGGCGACUCACCACCACAAGUCAUGAUAUCACCACAUCCCCCGGGUCUUCAUGAAUCAUUGUAGUCCGAGAAGACGUCACG